AUGCCUCGCAACGGAGACGGAUCUUCAGACAACGGCCCCAUUGAGGCCGGCCAGGACGCAGUUCACGGUGCUUCUGGAGACGCAACUCUCCAGCACACAAAGAACAAUGUCGCUCCCAUGCCAGAGAUUGAGAAGGGCGAAGCUAUCGAAGGCAUGAACGCCUCUGGCGCCGGCGACGCACCAAAGGCAGGCCACACCGGCCAAGGCAAAGCAGCUGCCGACUCAAACAAGCCUGCCCCCGUCGACCAGGCCACCAAAUAA